GUUUGUUGGUAUGUAAAGUGCUGCUUGUUAACUGCUUUAAUAACGGGUUUUAUAUAUCUAAGUGAUUAUCAUAUGCGGUCAAUGGUGUGUGUGUGUAUUUAUUUAUAUAUAUAAUAUAUGCGACUUUUGUAAUUUAAAAACCUGCAGCAUUUAAAUUAAACUAAAAAGGUUUCGAGCAGUAUUCGGUUUUCUUUGUGCCAUCGCCGGCUUUUUGUUCUCCGUCCUACAAGUCAACCCGAAUAACCCUGAGACAUUUAAACAAAUCGCUUUUCGUACACUGUUUUCAUACUGUAAAUAUUACAAUACGGGAAUUAGGACAAAUAAUGAUAAUGGAACCCCAUUAGUACGUCAUAGUCAAACCAUCGACUCUGUUGAUGAGAUGCUAAUGUUAGAAGGAGUGUGUGCUUUUAGAUUACUGGCACGCGUAAUCCUGAUAAACCACACUGUUUGGAAGUGCGUUUAAGAUGGACUCCAUGUAUGUUUGCAUAGCAGACGGUAAUGCCGCCCCCAUUCUGCCGCUGUAACCCUUGGGGCUAAUGCUUUGUUUGGGUGAAGUACCAUCUUGCCCGACUUAAUAUUGCUUAAGUUUGAUUUCGUUAUUCACAGUACAGUUCAUGGGCUGGUAUCUUUAACUUCCCCAGAACUUUAACUCAUACAAAACAGGGCUGUUCUUCCUAGAAAUAUAUUUAGUUUUAUUAAGAGAAAUUCAGAUAAGUGAAAAACAAGGUUAGUUGUAUAAGGCUGGCAGCUUUAUUGCAUUUAAACUCUGCAUGUGGCUGAUGUUAGAAGCAUGGUUGACAGUCCCUGUGUGCAGUUCGUUAUGGUGGAAAACUUGUCUGAUGAAUCUCAAGACCCAUUCAGACAAAUCUACCUUUACAUCUGCUAGUAGGAAUCCUGUAACCAAAUUGAGCCAUUUUAAAGCAUUGCUUUGAGCUUAAUUAGUCACACCAGAGAUUAGUCCUGCAAGCUGAAGACCAGGGUGUAACUGCAAUGGGAGUCUGUACUGCAGUAGUGCACAUGCAGUCUGAUGAUGGAGGUGUUCUGUUUUAGUUUAUCAACUACCAGAAUUCAGCAACCUUGUUUUUAAUUGACACGAUGCCACGGAAGAAGGUGAGCGAGGUCUCUGGGAACGGAGGGAUGAAGAGGAAGAGAGGAGGUGGCAGGAAGAAGGAAAAGGAGUUCAGCAGCGAGGACGAGUUUGACGAUUUCGAGCAGGAAAACGCCAAGAAACCCGGGAAACCGUCCAGCAAGUCCGGCCUCCAGCCCGUCACGGUCCCCGACGAUGUCAAGGAAAAGAUCAAACUUGAACGAUCCAAAGCCAAGGGUCAGCUUCUGAUUUUUGGAGCCACCAACUGGGACCUGAUAGGCCGUAAAGAAGUGCCAAAACAGCAAGCUGCCUACCGGAACCUGGGUCAGAACCUGUGGGGCCCUCACCGCUAUGGCUGCCUGAGUGAGGUGCAGGUGAGCACUGUGGUUUCUGGGCCCUGCUCCGCACACAGCCUGCUCAUCACCACAGAGGGCAAGCUCUGGAGCUGGGGCCGAAAUGAGAAGGGGCAGCUGGGCCACGGAGACACCAAGCGUGUGGAAGAGCCCAAACUGGUGGAAGCACUGGAGGACGAGGUGAUCGUGGCAGCAGCCUGCGGGCGCAAUCACACCAUGGCUCUCACAGAGGCCGGCUGCGUGUUCUCAUUUGGGGAGAAUAAACUGGGUCAGCUUGGGCACGGCAACCAGACGGACGCGGUCCCUACUCCUGCUCAGAUCCAGUACAAUGGGCAGCCCAUCGUGAAAGUGGCAUGUGGAGCAGAGUUCAGUAUGAUUGUGGAUUGCAAAGGGAACCUGUACUCCUUUGGGUGUCCUGAGUACGGACAACUAGGGCACAACUCUGACGGCAAGUUCAUCGCCCGUGCCCAGCGCAUAGAGUUUGAUUGCGAGCUUAUCGCUAGGAGGGUGGCUAUCUUCGUUGAGAAGACCAAGGAUGGCCAGAUCUUGCCAGUGCCCAACGUGGUGGUGCGGGAGGUGUCCUGUGGGGCCAAUCACACGCUAAUCCUGGACUCUCAGAAGCGAGUGUUCUCCUGGGGGUUCGGCGGGUACGGGCGACUAGGGCACGCAGAGCAGAAGGACGAAAUGGUGCCACGUCUGGUCAAGCUGUUUGACUUUCCGGGCCGAGGCGCCACGCAGGUCCACGGGGGCUACCAGUGCUCCUUUGCAGUCAGCGAGACAGGGUCUCUGUUUUUCUGGGGUGUGACGAAUACAUCCCGAGAAUCGACUAUGUACCCCAAAGUUGUGCAAGACCUGUGUGGCUGGAAGAUCCGGGGUCUGGCCUGCGGGAGGAGCAGUAUAAUCAUUGCUGCAGAUGACAGCUCAAUCAGCUGGGGACCUUCUCCCACCUUUGGAGAGCUGGGUUACGGGGAUAACAAGCCCAAGUCGUCCACCACAGCCCAGGAGAUCAAGACGCUGGAUGGGAUUUAUGCUGAGCAGGUGGCAAUGGGUUACUCACAUUGCCUUGUGAUUGCACGUAGUGAGACAGACCAGGACAAAGAGAGGCUGAAAAAGCUACCAGAGUACAAUCCCCGCAUGCUCUGAUAGGACGCAGCGCUCCACUGCUCUGACCUUCAACCUCCGAAAGGCAGCUGAUUCCAUUCCUAGAUGCACUGGUUCCCAGCCUCUUCCGACACGCCACUGGAGGGAGUGGGGAACAAUCAGGCCUUUAGAAUAUCCCGUCCCUUUAACCCUUGUCAGGGCAAGCAGGGUCUAUUGGACCUCAGCAGCUAAAAGCAAAAGCUGUCAAACAGAGAUGGCCUUUACAAACCAUGUUCGACCGCAGACCUUGAGGGCAUUACAGCUUGCCCUGAUAAGGUUUGGAAAGAAAAUACACCUGUUGACACCACUUAUAUUGUUUAUUUUGGGGGGGGGGGUAUUUUGUAUUUAAUAAAGGUGAAUCAGGUGAAUUUCCACGGCACGUUUUGUUGUAGCCCUCUUUGCCUCCUGAUCAGAAUCAGCGAUCACCUUUUGUGUCUUAAAUUUCAAUGUGUCUUCAGUUUCAGGUGAUUUUUCUUUUCUUUUUUUUUUUUUUUUUUUUUUUUU